AUGACGAUCACCCCAGAGCCCCUGCUUAAGCAGCCUGCGUUCACUCCGACGCGCAAGAUGCGCGUCGUGUGCAUUGGUGCAGGCUUUGGCGGUCUGAUGGUAGCUCACAAGGUCCAACACGAACUAAAGCUCGAGGACGAGAUCGACUUGGCCAUUUAUGACAGGAACGCGGAUAUUGGCGGAAACUACGACGUUCCUUCUCAUUCCUCCAUCUUUUCCUUUGAAGGCAACCCAGACCGGUCCAAGUUCUACGUGGACCAGAAGGGGAUUCAAGCCUACAUAAAGCGUAUUGCAGGGAAGUACAACCUUAGCAAGCAUGUCCAAUCAAACACAACUAUCCAGGAGUCUGUAUGGGAUGAGGGAUCUGCCAAAUGGAGGAUCAAGCUCGAGCAGGCCGGAGAGCUGAAAGUGGAUGAGGCCGAUUUCCUUAUCAACGCCUCAGGCUUUCUCAGCAAGUGGAAGUGGCCGGAAAUCGAGGGGCUUCAUGACUUCAAAGGAAAGCUUUUACACAUCGCGCGAUGGGACAAGUCUUACCAAUGGGAAGGGAAGAAGGUGGCAGUGAUAGGGAAUGGAGCCUCCGGAAUCCAGCUCGUCGCGACCAUGCAACCCAAAGUCGAGAAGCUAGUCAACUACAUGCGACAACCAGCCUGGAUCUCGGUCAACUUCCUUGGAGACAAGACCCCAGAAGGCGUCAACUUUACAUACUCGGAGGAACAGAAGGGAACUUGGCGAGAAGACCCAAACGCCCAUUACCUCUACAGGAAGGAUCUGGAGCAAUCGUAUGUGUCUCGACUCCAUGCGUACAGCACGACGCUGACAAGACUCAAUGCACCAGACAUUGAGAAGCGAAUUCUCCCAAACUUCAAAGCGGGAUGUCGCCGCAUCACUCCAGGCGACGGUUACCUCGAAGCCCUUCAAGAGCCAAACUGCCGCGACUGCUGGGAUCCCAUUGAAUGCAUCACAGAGAAGGGUAUCAAGACAUCUGCUGGUAAGGGUUACAACCAGUACGCACGAGAAUUCCUUAAGCUCACCGUGUGGUCGGGAGAGUGCCGCACAUUAUACAAGAAUGGCCGCAGCGUGGGAAUGGUGACGGGUCUGUAUCCGGGUUCACUGGUGCACUACCCGAGAGCCCUUGCGGAAAUCGGCGGAGAGCACUUUGAUAUCACUUGGCGGUCCAGGAACCGUUUCCGAUGA